AAUGGCUAAUUUAGGGCUUAAAGAAGUGGCCAUCAUACCAGAAAUUUCCAGCAAGAACCGGACCUAGCAGGGAGAAGAAGCCGGCGGCAUCUGCAGGGGAAACUCACGGACUACCCAAAAAAAUUGAGGGAAAUAAACAGAAAUUAGCAUAACCCAGCCUAAAUCAAGGUUAAAGAGAUGAUUUCUUGGCUGUGGCUUACCCAAAAAAUGCCCAGAAAUUCAAACCCACAUAGCAGCCAGCGGACAGGGGAGAAGAGCAGAGCAAAUCCGGGAUUUUCUAGGUUGAGAGGGAAGAUUCUAAGCCUCAAAUCUUGUGAUUUAACAAGAAAGGAAGAGAAUUCAUCAAGAUCCCACCGGGUUUCUCAAGGGGGAAGAAAGUCGGUGGCUUGGGGGGCUUGUCGGGUGCAGGGGAGAAGAAGAAGAGCAGAUCACGCGGAUAAGGAAGAAGAAAAAGAAAGAACAACUCAGCCAUCCUUAUCCUAAUUUCCUUUCUUUUUAAGUCCCUCAAGUUUGGACAUUUUGAUCAUUAAGCCCCUCCAUAAUAUUUUCCCUCAAAUAAAUCCCUUAUUUAAUG